AUGAGAAAGCUUAAGCAAGAAACAAAUCUCGGGACAACUCUACCUGAAGAUGAUGGCAUCAGUGUGGUCAAAAUUGGUCAUAACCAGUAUAUGCAUAUUCUAGAUAAGAAUUCAAAUACUACAAGAAUUGAGAUUGGGCCUACUAGUUUUAUAAAGCAAUAAAACGAGUAGAUCGUCAGAUCAUCUUAAGAACUAAUCAAGAUCCCUCCUAACAACUAUUGUAUCAUUAAAAACCCAGUAGUAAAAGAGAACGGGAAGCUCUUAACUUCAGAAUACGGUGAAGUGAAGGUGCGUUUCGAGGAUCUCGAAAUCAGAACAUCAGCUGAUUAUCCUGAACCUUUUCCACUAUAUCCCUAUGAGGAAAUCCAUUAAAAUGUCCAACCCUUUACCUUCCUAAGAGAUAACGAGGCACUUCAUCUCUACGCUGAAAGACCAUUCUUGGAUACUAGAUUUGAAAAGGAAUUAGAAAGAUUCAUUGGUGAUGAAUACUUGUUUAAAGGCCCAGGAACUUACAUUCCAAGAAUUGAAGAGAAAAUCGUGAAGAAAUAAACUGCAACAGUAAUGCCACAAAACUUUGGAGUCCUUUUGCAAGCUAGCCGAAAGGUUCUUGAUGCAAAUGGAGUAGUUAGACUUCCUGGAGAAUCUUGGUUGUAUGUAAAGACUGGAUACUUUAUUGAGGACCCAGACAUUACUAUUAAUGACUACAGGCCUGCAGAGGUGCUAGAUGAGUUCACCGCUCUACAUCUUAGAGCUCUUAUAGACUUCACAGAUAUCUAUGGCAACAAGAGAAGAGCAGGUUCAGAAUGGUUGAUUGAUAGAUCUAUCUCAGACACUCAUAUUGUGGAUGCAAAUGAAUCUGUCGUUGAUAGACCUAAAGUCAUUAUUCUUGCUAAUAAUCAAUACUGUAUCAUUAGAAAUCCCUGCGACAAGGAUGGCAAUCCUCAGUUCGGUAAGCAAGAACUCAGAAGAGGAGAGACUAGAUUCUUUGUUCAACCUGGUGAGGAACUCUUUGACGGAAUCAAAAAUAUCUUAGUAGUCAAUGAAGAUGAGGCUUUACUUUUAAGAGCUAACAAAAAUUAUAAGGAUCCAAAGACUGGAACUUCUUACAGUGCAGGCUAAACAUGGAUGCUCAAGGGGCCAAUUGAUUACAUUCCAGAAAUUGAAAUUCAAGUUGUAGAAAAGAGAAAAGCAUAUCCUUUAGCUGAAAAUGAAGGUAUCUAUGUCAGAGAUGUAAGGACCAAGGAAGGAGAAACUCUUGAAGUUAGACUUGUCAAAGGGCCAUAAACUUACUUAUUGAAAGAAACUGAGCAACUUUGGGAAAAGCUGCUUCAACCUGAUACUGAGAGACUAAUUGGCUUGAACUCAUCAGGAAUAGACUACAUUCCUACAACUGUUGACGAUAAGGGCAAUGUUGAAUAUGUUUAUAAGGAACCACCAGUCAGAAAAAAUAAAUACUAAGCUGUCUGCUAUAAGGCUCCACAUAACUCAGCUGUGUAACUUUACGACUACAAGAACAAAAGGUCCAGAAUUGUGUUCGGUCCAGAACUCAUAAUGCUUGAGCCAUAUGAAGAGCUAACUCUUAUCACUCUAUCAGGAGGACAGCCAAAGAAAGAGGCUUAAAUUAAGACUCUCGCACUACUUCUUGGCCCAGACUUUAUGACCGAUAUUAUUCAAGUUGAGACCAGCGAUCACGCCAAACUCUACCUUAGAUUAUCAUAUAGAUGGACAUUCAAGAUCGACAGAGAAAAUGAAUAAGAAUGCAGAGAUUUAUUCUCAGUAAGAGACUUUGUUGGAGACGCUUGCAAGAGAAUCUCUUCUAGAAUUAGAGGAGCAGUCAGCGCUGUUUCCUUCGAUAACUUCCACAAAAACUCAACUGGAGUUAUCUAAAAUGCUAUUCACAAGAGAGACGAAAACAACAACUUCUUGCCUUUCCACAUUCAGGCAAAUAAUCUUUACAUUACUCAAGUAGAUAUCUAAUCCAUUGACCCAGUGGAAGAAGAAACCAGAAAAUCACUCCAGAAAUCAGUAAACAUGGCCUUCGAGAUCCAAACUAGAUCUCAAGAAGCAGCUGCCUAACAUCAGGCUUUGAGACUUCAAUAAGAAGCUGAUGGUAUGCUUCAAAGACUUGAAAUCUAGUCAGAGAUCUAAAACGAAAAAGUGAAUAAGAAUUUCCUCGAACUAAAAGCAGAGAAUAGCAGUGUUCAAUCCACAGGUCUUGCAAUUGCUAACGCUAAAGCCAGAUCAGAGGCAGAUCAAAUCAAAGCUCAAACUGAAGUUGAUCAAGCUUAGUUCUAAGUUGACUCAUAACAUAUUAGAGAGCAGGCCGAACUUGAAAUCGUUAAAAUGAGAAACGAUGAUGAAAUCAAGGUGCUUGAGGAUAUGCUUGAGUUAGAAAUUAGUAGCAAGAAGAAGCUUUCUGAAAUCGAAAUAAACCAGUUCAAGAAAACUGUCGAGGCUAUCGGACCUGAAACAAUGGUUCAAAUGGCAAGAGCUGGACCAGAGACUCAGGCUAAAUUACUUAAGGGACUUGGUCUUCAAGGUUAUAUGAUUGUUGAUGGAAAGCAUUCACUUAAUCUUAUGGGAGCUGCUCAUGGAAUGCUAGGUAGCAGUUAAUGA